AGAUUCUAAAUAUGAACAGUUGAGGAGUCAUUUCUAGUCAAACUUUUGUAGGCUGGAUAUGAAAUGGAAAUAUGGAUCUGAACAAUGGUUUCAGGAAAAGCCAGUUUCAGAACGUAUUUUUCUUAAGGAUGCUCAGAAAUUUGCUGUGUUUGAUGUACACUUCAACAAGGGCAUCAAAAUUGUUCAAAAUUAUAUAGGUAGGAUUCAAGAUUGCAAAAGGCGAAAAAGAGGCAUGAGCAAGGGGUUGCAUUCUGUUAUUGAUGAGUACUGGAUGCUGGUGUUGACUGUUCGGAUCAAUCAAAUAUUGAGACAAAUGCUGUUGCUACAAGGCCAUCAAAUGGCUUGCAAAAUCAUGAUUCUUCUCUGUGCCAUGGGUUCUCCAUAGAGAAAAUUCGUGGUUCUUGUGCCCUUUUUCUUUACAAAAUUCAUGGUGCUGGCAGAGAAGAUAUCAAUGUUCAAAUGUUGGGUAUAGGGUGCCUUUCCCAGUUGAGAUUCAAAAUGUAUGUUAAAUCCUAUCAGAGGCAAUUGAAAAGAAAUUGAAGCAAGGAUAAAUGGCUUGGAAAAUAAAGGAGUGAGUUUAACAGCAAGUUCUUUAGAUUCCGCAUAAGUUGGCCACAGGUUAUUAAAAUUAGCUGUAUAAACCACAUUCGCUGGUUGGAGUUAAAAAUCUUAAGGUAGUAGGCAGUGAAGUUUGGACACUGGUGCAUCAAGGAAAAGCAGAGAAGCAGAAGCAGUAUGAUGCACUAGUGUGGAUUUCUUGUCCACCCGAUGAGGAAGAUUCGAAGACUAUAUCUUCGCCCAAGCCCCAAGGACACGGUGAGUUGUUCUUUGUGCCUCGUUUCUUAUUUUACUUUACAAAUCCAGGCAGUAUGAUGCACUAGUGUGGAUUUCUUGUCCACCCGAUGAGGAAGAUUCGAAGACUAUAUCUUCGCCCAAGCCCCAAGGACACGGUGAGUUGUUCUUUGUGCCUCGUUUCUUAUUUUACUUUACAAAUCCAGGGGAAGUUAUGGUUUAGUUCCAAUUGCAAGCCUUCUUAUCUAGUGAGGGUUUUAUAUGAAAUCAAAGUCUGACGACCCA